UCAAUCGACGCAUAAUUACUCGGCGCCAUUAACAGAGAGAUCAAAGAGAUCUACAUGUUAUAAAACUCUACAAAAUGCUUUAGUAAACACGUUCACUUCUCACCCCAGAUAUUACCCAAUUUUCCUAUCUCCUUCAUCUCUCAAAUGGCAGCUUCCCCUGCGAGACCAAUCUUGGUUUUCAUCCUUCUUGUUUCUGUUUUACAGAUUGAAGCCAGACAAAGCAAGUUGUUUAGCAAGGUCAUCCAUUUCAAAACCAAUAAAAUUGUCACUGUGCCCACACCAUCACCAUCGCCAUCACCAGCACCAGCACCCGAACCAGCACCAGUACCUGCAACAGCACCCGAAUUUGGCUACCCGCAAAGUGAAAAUGGCUAUGGCUUAUAUGGAACUCGCGGUGCAGAUCAGUUCACUCCCACCACAGAUGAGAUACCAACAAGUGUCGGUGCAGAAAAUGAAAUUCUAUCGGAAGAACUAGUUGGUGAAAGCUUUGAGACUGGUUAUCAUCAGAGCAAGAACUUGUACAGCAACAAUGGCGGCAACUCCGCUAGUUACAAUAGCAAUAAUGGCUACUACACCGACAAUUAUAAUCUCAAUGGGUUUUCCAAAAACUACGACAGCAAUGGCUAUGAGGUUGAACAGCAAGGGAUGAGCGACAAAAAGUUUUUAGAUAAUGUGAGGUACUAUCCUGAUGUGAAGAAUGAGAAUAACAAUUUCUAUAAUGCAGGGCAUGAGUCAGAGACGGGAAGCUUAAGACAUAAGAGCUCGUAUGGAGGAAUUGAGAACCCUAACGAGUUCGAUACCACGGAAGAGUAUUAUAAGUACCAGGAGAGCCAGCACUAGGUGCCAUGAGUGUCUCGUUUUCGGUAUGGAACAAAAGAAGCAGAGAAGAUAACUGUGGAUGUAGUUAAAAGUGAGAUUAUGUCUUAAGGAAUUCGUAUUGCCAUUUUUAUACC